AUGUUUCAUGUUUACUGCUUCAUGCUGAUUGUAUCACUCAUUAUUUGUGGAAACAGUUGCUCCAUAAUUAAACCUCCGCGUUCUUGUUUAAGUGACGAUUUACAAUUACACAAAAUUAGAUGUUGUGGCCCGUGCUUAUAUACGGUCACCUAUUACAAACGGAAAUAUUUGUCUAGAAGAAUUCCGUAUGCUUCAAAUGGUAGUUUUAAUCCUUACAUAAUAACAAACAAGGAAGCACAUUUGGUCAAUGGAAAUCCAGCAUUGUCAAAGGAUUCAAACUCCCGUAAAUCUUCCCAAACCAAACCACAUUUACAAGAACGUUUUGGUAAAGAAAUAUCGCAGUCAUUGCCUCGUUCAUUCCUCCCCGUUGAGCAAAUGCAUUUCAGGAAUUACUGCCUUGAUUUUCCAGGAAAAUUCCCAUGUGCAAUUGAUUGUUUUAUGGAGUUAAGCUGUUACAUUUUUAAAGAUGCUAUUGAGUCUGUGGAACGUAAUGAAUUUUUUGAAAUGUUAUACACAGCAUGUGUGCAAGUAAAUAGUGGUGAAAUCCUUUCCAACCAGUUACGUUCAGUCCGAGAACCCAUUUGGGCCUGGAUGAGACAGAACUGUGCCUCUUUUACAGGUAUGUCAGAUAAUGCUGUAUUCAGAGACAUAUUCCAAAUCAAUACAUUUGGAGAAUUAACGUUUGGUUUAAAAUCAUUAUUUCUUAUUCAACAUACCAAUUAUUCCAUUCGUUCAUUGUGUAACCAGGAAAUCACCAAAUCCACAGAUGUUUUUGUCUUGUAUAUUACCUCCCGCCAUAUAAAUCAGAAUGGUUUUGAAAGUUCUGUAUCAGAAGCUAUGCUGCCAAACAUCAAUAGACUUUUUUGUGUUUACUGCCAAAAUCAUUCUGGAAGUGUUGCUUCACUUCGACACUUUGUGUGCGUGCCAACCUUCUUAAUGAUAGAAUUGUCACCUGAUUGUAUAACUCAAAUGUUUUUUCCACAUGAUAUGGAAACCUUAAGAGUUUCAUACUGCCUCAAAGGAAUUGUUAGGUGUUUAAAUAGACAUUUUACUGUUGUGCGAGCGGUUGGAUCUAUAUUGAUGAUUUGUGUGUUUCUGUAAGGCGUUUCUUAUCCUUUCAAGAAGUAUUGUAUAGUUAUCCGGAUGGCUGGUUUUUUUCCAUAUUUCAAAAGUCUGAGUCUGUAGACAUCAAUUUACAUGAAUCUGCAAAUCAGACCUGUAAUAGCUUAACCAUAAAUCCAGUUGUUUGCAAAUCAGUGUCAAAAGACUCUUGCAGUACGAAAGAAGUGAAGUUAGACCAAAAAGUCACAAGUUAUAAAAAGGAUAACAGAGUCAAAUGUAAUAACUAUAUGAAGUGUUACAGAAAACAGCCAGAAGUCAAGGCAAAAAAUAAUGCAUACAUGCAGAAGUAUAGAGCUAAAACUUAUUCUGAACUUGACCUAAGAGAAAGGGGCAAAUUAGAAAUACGUAAAAGAAAUGAAAACCAAAGAAAUGAUUUAGUAAUUAAAUUUACAAUGAAGCGGAAAAGUCAAUAUUAUGCAGAUGAAACAUUAAACGACCUAAACAGGAAAUAAGAAAAAGGUCUUCACAAACAUCUAGUGAAGUGAAGGAAAGAAAAAAGUUGUACAUGCGGGCAUACAGGCUCAAGAAAAAAAAUUCAGAUAGUAGUGUAAUGACUGAAGGAGUAACAAGUCUGAAAAAUGGAGUUUCUAGCCAGGAAAUGCAUUUAUCUGAGUUUAAAAUAAGUAACUGUGGAGAGCUUCACCAACAAGAGUGGGCAAAACUGAACAUGCAAAAGUUUCAUGAUUCGAUGAAGUUAAGAAUUUCUUUAUGUCAAGAUAGAUAGCAUGUGUUAUUGUGUUAACUAUAAUGAUGAUAAUAGGGUUAUUGUUGCUGUCACUGUAAGCGCAUUGAUGAUCAUGCAUCCUGAAUUUGUUUGUUUUUCUUUUGUUUAGUAAACAAGUAUGGGUACAUCCAAAAAAUAUCCCCCGUCAAAACCGCUGAAAGGUCCAGCAUGAUUAGUUUGACUUUCACCUACAAGUUUCACCCACUUAAGUGCAAAGAGUAG